CUAAUGAGGAGUUAGCCAAGGUGUGCCUGGAACCCAGGUGUUUCUGCGUGCGGUGCUGGUGCUUCUCCCACCGCCCUUCUGUGUGGAUAAGGUGUGGGCAAGAUGGAAAGCAACAUCUCCAACCCUAUGGAUGGACCUGAAGAGAUGCCCCAAGAGUCUGUUGGCUACACGGUUCUGUGGAUUCUCACUGUGGUGCUUGGGAUCACUUCUGUCCUUGGCAUUUUGGGCAAUGGGCUUUUGAUCUGGAUGGCUGGAUUCCGGAUGGCAUGCACAGUCAGCACCAUCUGUUACCUGAACCUUGCCUUGGCCAACUUCUCCUUCACUGCCACCCUACCAUUCCUCAUUGUCUCAAAGGCCAUGAGAGAACAGUGGCCUUCUGGCUCGUUCCUACGCAAGGCGGUUCACAUUGUGGUGGACAUAAACCUGUUUGGGAGUGUCUUCCUCAUUGCUUGCAUUGCCCUGGACCGCUGUAUUUGUGUCCUGCAUCCAGUCUGGGCCCAGAACCACUGUACUGUAAGUCUGGCUACAAAAGUGAUUAUCGGACCGUGGAUUCUUGUCCUAAUCCUCAUCUUGCCAGCUUUCAUCUUCUUGACUACAGUAAAUGAUGGAACAGGGAAUAUUUACUGUAGUUUCAACUUUGCACCCUGGGGCAACAGUACUGAAGAGAGGACAAAGUUGACUGUCUCCAUAUUCACAGCCAGCGGGAUCAUUUGGUUUAUCAUUGGCUUCAGCAUGCCAAUGCCCAUCAUUGCUAUGAGCUGCGGGCUCAUUGCUGCCAAGAUACGCAAAAGCAUGAUUAAAUCUAGCCGUCUUACUGCUGUUGUGGCUUCCUUCUUUUUCUGUUGGUUCCCCUUUCAACUGGUUGCUCUUUUAAGCACAGUCUGGUUCAAAGAGAUACUCUUGGAGGGUAAGUACAAAAUUCUUCAUGUCUUUGUUAAUCCAACAAGCUCCCUGGUCCUCUUCAACAGCUACCUCAACCCAAUGCUCUAUGUCUUUGUGGGCCAAGACUUCCGAGAGAGAUUGAUCCACUCCCUGCCUGCCAGUCUGGAGAGAGCCCUUAGUGAGGAUGUAACCCAGACCAUGUAACCCAGACCAGAACUAAAUCUGCUUUACCACCCACAGAAGCAGAGUUACUGGCAAUGUGAGGAGGCUGGAGGAAGUUUUUGAGC